AUGUCAUCGGACCCCGUCGGCGCCGCCAUCGCCACGGCUGGAGUUCCAGACGAGCGUGCCGACCUACACUCGUCGGCCCUGGCCCACGACACGGCACCUUCCGAACACAUCCUUUCAUCCUCCUCGCCAGGGGCAGACGCAAAUGCAAACGGCAAGGGAAAGCAGCGGCAGACACGGUAUGACAGCGACGGGGACGACGAUGACCUCGUCGUCUUCGAGUCCGGCGCGGCCCUGCCGAGAUUAGCGGCCCUCGAUGGCGACGGGGACGGCGAGGACCACGAGCAAGGCCUGGGUCAGCGGCCGGGAAGCCUGGCAAAGAUCGGCGAAGGCCUCGCCAGGGCUAGCAUGGAGAGCCUGUCGUUUGGCUACCGAGACCACCUCCUGCCGCUCAGCCUCAGUGCCCAGGACGCCGACGCCAGCUGGGAGGCGGGCGACUACGGCGACGUCGAGGGCGCCGUCAGCGUAUCGGACGCGACACGACGGUCGCGGAGAGGAGGCUCAGGCGCACAUCGGUCGCGGCGGUCGCUCGAUGGCUCCCGGCACCAAGAGCGGCGGGUCACGCUGCUCGACGGCAUCGCGCUCACCGUCGGCGUCCAGAUCGGCAGCGGCAUCUUCUCGUCUCCGGGCGUCGUGACGCUCAACACGGGCUCCAUCGGCGCCAGCCUAGUCGUCUGGAUGCUGAGCGGAGUGCUGGCAUGGACGGGCGCCAGCUCCUAUGCCGAGCUAGGUGCAUCGAUCCCGCUCAAUGGCGGCUCGCAAGCUUACCUCAACUACUCGUUCGGCCCGGGGACCGCCUUUCUCUUCACCUGGUCGGCCCUCGUUGCCCUCAAGCCUGGAGCAGGCGCCAUCGUUGCCACCAUCUUUGGCGAGUACAUCGCCCGCGUCCUGUACCACGUCACCAGCAAGGACCCCGCCCACCCACACGAAAAGGGCCUCGACGAGAUCCCCGGCUGGAGCGUCAAGCUCAUCGCCUGCCUGAUUGCGCUCGUCGUCACGCUGCUCAACGCCUUCAGCAGCAAGCUGGGAACCCGCACCCAGAUCGCAACCACCUCCGUCAAGCUCAUCGCCCUCGCCGCUGUGCCCAUCCUCGCCAUCGUCCAGGCGGCGAGGGGAAAGGUGUCGACCAGCUCGGCCCACGCCUUCAGCUCGAUCCCGCACCUCUUCGAGGGCUCCUCGACCAACCCGAGCGCCUAUGCUCUGGCGCUCUAUAGCGGAUUGUGGGCCUAUGACGGCUGGGACCAGAGCUGCUUUGUGGCCGGCGAGAUGAAGCGCGUCGAGCGGGACCUUCCGCGGGUGAUCCAUUCGAGCCUGUCAAUCGUCAUCGCCAUCUUUCUCGCCGCCGUCACGUCCUACUUUGUGGUGCUGCCACCGGAUCUGGUCAAGCGGACCAACACGGUGGCGCUCGACUUUGGCUCGGCCAUCUUUGGCACGACUGGCGGCGUCGUCUUCGCCUUCCUGGUGGCUUUCAGCUGCUUUGGCGCGCUCAACGGCCAGGUCUACACGACGGCGCGACUGAUCCUCGCCGCGUCGCGUGAGGGCUACCUGCCCGCCUCGUUCGGCGACCUCAACCGGCGGACAAAGACGCCGCUCAACGCGCUGCUGCUGCAGCUCGUGCUCAUCGUCAUGUUUACCGUGUUCGGCUCGGGCUUUGCGAGCCUGGUCAACUUUUACGGCGUCUGCAGCUGGACGUUCUACCUGGCCACGGUGCUCGGUCUGCUCGUGCUGCGGAUCAAGGAGCCCAAUCUUCAGAGGCCAUACAAGACCUGGCUGCCGACACCGAUCCUGUUUGCGGCCGUGGCCCUCUUCCUCCUCCUGAUGCCCGUCGUGUCGGCGCCGCUCGAGGCGCUGGCAGCGUUUGGCUUCAUCCUGGCGGGGGUGCCCGUUUACUUUGCGACGCAGCCCGAAGCUCGGCGGCGGAUCCCGGGCCUCUCGCGUCUCUUCCGAUCUCGCCAGGCGGCCACAGCAGACUCGGACGUUGUUCCGCUCAGCAAGGCGGCCCGGCACGACGACGACGACGACGAGGCCGGCGAAGAGGCCGUCGAGAUGCUGCCGCGCGAAAGCUUGGCCGGGUCGGCCAAGGAUGCCGAAGCAGACGGCAGGUAG